AUGGCUUCCAUGUCGCCCAUCAAUAUCUCUGUUCCUGCGUCGGGAGACUCGUCCAGUGGGGGCAGUGUCUCGCCAAGGCAGACUGCAACUCCCAAGAAUGUCGCAUUUGAGCUUCUUUUCUUGGAAUCGCCUCAAUAUCGAGCGCGCUUGCCCAUGCGAGUACAAAUUUACCCACACGACACUACAGACUCAAUAGUCACAACCGUCAAGAACUUUUACGGCUUGUACUCUGGUCCCACUGGCUCCAAAGGUGUCAGUUUUGAGGACGAGCAUGGAAACACACUCAUUGCUCGGUACGAAAACUUUCGAAACAACAUGGUUGUCUACGUUCGAGUAAUUGAGGAGCCUCCUGUUGCCCCUACUGGCUAUAACCAGCAUCCACUCCACCAACAGUCCGUUGAGGCUGCAGAGUCCUACUAUGAGCAGGAGAACUACCAGCCUCAACAGAUACAUGCCCAGCGCCAUGCUCAGGACAUCGCACGGCCCGGCUCCAGAGCCUCACGGAGGCGCAGCCGGUCUCCGAGCGGUAGUCGUGGCCGGAGGAGCGACUCUACAGGCACAAAUGAAAAGCAAGGACGGUCCAGAUCUGCCAAGGAUCGCAGAGCCUUCAACCACGCACACUCUGAUGCUUAUAGUGACAGCAUGAACGGGUACAGCAGUGGAGAUGGUGCGCCCAGCAGUACUUCUUGUAAGAGCAAGGAGCAGCUUGGAACUACGGAUAUCAGUGUCGAGAAUAUUGUUGAAGGUGGCCGUCGCAAGCGAGCCAAGUUUGAGAGUUCGGAACUGCCAUUGUUUGCACCACCCCAGAUGCCUGCAGCCACCUCUAAUCCUUCGGUCUCGCCCGCUCGCCGUGUGGAGCACCAGCGACCCUCGCUUCCUUUUGUACAUCCUGGACAACAUCCAUUUGCCAACCCUCGGCCGAUGCAAUCGCCUCAAAGCUAUAACAAUGUCCAGCCUAACGUGUACGCUACGCCUGCGAAUGGCCAUCGCUCCCGCGACAGCAUCGGGUACGCCAGCAACGGCAGUGGCGUAGGCUCUGGAAUGGGAAUCCUGCCCACUCCUGACCCCACGGUCGGGAGUUGCAUGUCGGAGGAAGACAAGGAUGUCGCCAUUCAACUAAUGCGACUCGGGGACAUGACCAAUAUCUCUCACGGUCGCACAUCAGCAUCAACGCUGGACGAUACCUUUAGUGGCCGAGCUGACGCAGCUUCGUCAACCGGAGCCACUAGUGAUGGCGAGAGCGAUGGCGAGGAUGGUUUGCCGGCAUCGCGCCGGCAAAGGCUGGAUGCCACUGGUACUGCCAGGCUGAUCUAUCCAUCCACCGAAACUGGAUUCAGCCCGGUUGCCACUGAGGCUCGAGAUGCCGGCUGUGAUGGUGCCAUGCGUGAAGACGGCGCUUCUAGUGGACCAGCUAGCAGCCGCAAGCCUAUACAGGCGAAGGGCAAGCAGACAAUUCCCAAGCACCGCCCUCCCCCUUCUGUAUCCAAGUCAUCAUCGGUCCAAAAGCCUCCCAAGGUUCCCCGGCCCCUCAAUAGCAUCAAGACCAAGAAACUGCCUGCUGCUGCCACAGUCCCCGGCCCAAUGUCCCCUGCGUCAACCACUCACUCAAGAAAGCCGUCAGUUGCAUCGGUUGGACACAUCCCCCUGCCUGGCGAGGAUGAGCAGCCUGAUCUGUCCACCAAGCCUCGCUGCCAACGUUGCCGCAAGAGCAAGAAGGGAUGCGAUCGUCAGCGUCCGUGCGGACGAUGCCGAGAUGCGGGACUUUCAGCUGAUCAGUGCAUCAGCGAAGACGAAGGCAACGGUCGCAAAGGGCGAUAUGGUCGCCACAUGGGCGUGCCGAUCAAGAAAGAAGAAGUCACCACUCCGGUGCAGCCUGCUCUGUUGCCCGCGGCUCCUAUCACGACAGCGGCAAUGACGACUGACAAGAUUAAGAAGCGCAAAAGAUAG